AUGCGGUCAGUCAAUCGCUACGCCACGGCUUUCGUCGCCCUUGCGGCUUCGGCGACUGCCGCCGGCUCGCUCAAGGACAUCAAGCAUAUCGUCUUGUUCAUGCAGGAGAACAGACUUGUUGCGAAAUCCCAGUCCUCUGCUGCAGACGUUCUCAAGCCCUGGUACAUAAACUACCUCGGCGGCGAAUGGGAUGAUGCCACCCAGUGCAUCACUGCUGGUAGUAACAGCUGGCAGGGCAACCAUGAUGCUUGGAACGGUGGCCUGAACGACAUGUGGGUUGAAAAGAAUACACCAUUCAGCCACGGAUACUUUAAGAGAAAGGACAUCCCGGUUCACUGGGACAUCGCGGAUGGGUGGACAGUCCAAGACAUGUACACAGAAUCUAUCCUUGCUGCCACGGAUCCCAACCGUAUUCACUGGAUGAGCGGUACAGUCAACGUCCCAGGUACCCCAACCAACCCAGACGGAAGCGGAGGCAUGAUUCUGGACAACAAUGCCACUCCUGGCUGUGAGGCACCGGGUUUUAACUGCUACCCGUUCACGUGGAAGACAUUCCCGGAAUAUCUGGAAGAGGCUGGAAUCAGCUGGCAAGUCUUCCAAGACUUCGACAACUUUGAGGACAACAUGCUUGCCUACUUUGUGCAGUACCAGAAUGCGCCAAACGGUUCUGCUCUCAGAGAGAAGGGCAACUCGUAUGGCGGUCUCAAUGCGUUUUAUGAGCGCGCGAAGGACGGGACCUUGCCUCAAGUCAGCUAUAUCGUCGGCCCCGCCGAACUCUCUGAGCAUCCUCCCCACCUGCCUAGCGGAGGCGCUUGGCUGCAGAAGCAGGUCGUUGACGCUGUCACAUCUGGCGCCGCCUACAAGAACACGGCACUGUUUAUCAACUACGACGAAAUCGGUGGCUGGAGUGACCAUGUACUGCCGAUUGUUGCUCCUAAAGGAACAGCAGGCGAGUGGCUCGAGGAUCCGUACAAGAGAUACGGCUAUACUCCAGUAGGCCCAGGAUUCCGCGUCCCUAGCUAUAUCAUCUCUCCCUGGACUCGCGGCGGCAAGGUUUUCACGGAGCACUCGGACCACAGCUCGCACAUCCGCUUCGUCGAGCAGUGGGCUGCCGCGAACGGUUAUUCCGGCGUUCAGAGUAAGGAGCUGACCCCUUGGCGCCGAAGCCAUAUCUCUGAUCUGGUCAAUGCCUUUGACUUUGACAACCCGGAUUACUCAAUUCCUCAUAUCUCGGACGUCGACCCACCAUUGAUGGAAGCAGAUACACCGGACGCUUAUUCCGGUAACUUCACGCUGGGUUCCUUGAGCGGCCCGUACAUAGGCACUGCCAAGUGCGUUUCCGAUCACAAGACUGCCCGGCCCCCCGUUCCGUAUGGCGCCGACAACAUGAAUCAGAACCUCACUCAGCUCCCCGAGGAGGGCUUCAAGGAGGUCCGUGGUCGCCUGACGGAGGGCCGCUAUCUCACCUUUGAGAUGUCGGGUCUCGCUCUGACCAACCCAGAUGGGGAGCGAGUUGUCGCCAGCCCCGCCACUCAAGCACACGAGAACAUCCGCCAGAGGUGGAUCAUUCACGUCCAGGGAGUUGAGAGCGAGAGCGAAGUGUUCCUGAUCCAGUCUGCGGUGGACAAGAAGUACCUGUCGUCCCUUGCCCUGGGCACCUUGACUCCGGAUAUCUCCAAGGCACAGAAGUUCACCAUCUCUUAUCAGGCCGCUGGCUCGUCAUACAGUGUCGCAGUUGGCUCUCAUAAAGCCUUCGUCAGUCUUCUGGCCUCUGGAAACAGCAGCCCAGGGACCGUAAAGUUUGGCGGCUGUUCUAAAGAGCGCUUCAAGGUGUUUGCUGUCUCGUACAACAACUAG